AUGUCUAGAAUGCCUUUCAAACGAUCUCGAGAUCUAUUUGAAGACGAGCCACAGCACCAGCAGUCGUCUCAGUUUGUUUUCUACGGUACCCCCCUCCCUGUCACGGACCGUCAGUCACGCGACGAUGGCUCCUACGUACCGAUCUGGAAACAGGAGGUGACUGAUGAGCGUGGCCGGAAACGAUUGCAUGGCGCAUUUACUGGUGGUUUUAGCGCAGGGUACUUUAAUACUGUGGGUUCAAAAGAGGGAUGGAGCCCUUCCGCCUUUAUCUCAUCUCGUCAGGACCGCGCAAAGGACAAGCCCCAGCCAGUACAGCAGCGGCCUGAGGAUUUCAUGGACGCAGAAGAUCUUCAAGAGGCAGAAGAUGCGCGUAAACUGCACACUGCGGAAGACUUCGUUGGCUUUGGCUCUACUGCGACUGAUCAUCGACAGGCGGGCUUGAUAAAUAUUUCCAAGAUACGUGGAGACACAAUGGGCGCGAAGCUCCUAAAACGAAUGGGCUGGAGAGAAGGCCAGGGAAUUGGUCCAAAAGUGCGGCGAAAAGCUGACUUGGGUGUUGAAGGGGAUUCGACCGACCAAACUUUUCUUUUUGCUCCUGAAAAUCCGCCGUUAGUGUCUUUGACUAAAAAGAAGGACUAUGUGGGAAUUGGCUUUGACACUAAGGCCAGUCUAGAAGCACCUUUGAAUUGUGAAGGUGACCUGGCAGAUGGCAAUAGUGGCGUGCUACAUGUCUCCAAUAUCAUGAAACCGAGGUCAAAUAAGUUCGCGGGCAAAAAGCAGAAGCCCUUAAGGCGGGGGGGAUUUGGCGUCGGUGUUCUAAAUGACACUGGCUCAGAUAAUGAUGAUCCUUAUGAAAUGGGACCGCAGCUGCUAUGUAAUAGAGUCCUGGAGGAUCGGAAAGGGAAGUCGUCCAAACCCGUUAUCAAAUCUUCAAACCCCCUUCUAGAGAGCAAACCUGUUUUUAUUCGAAAAAAAGCAGAUGCAAACAAACAAAAAUUGGGCUUUCGAAAAUGCCAUGACGGUCGUCUUCCAAUUGAUGGCUUCUCACUUGGAACUUGUAUGUCGGAAGUUUCUCUACCCUUAGACAUGAAUAAAUAUACCCCUCCUAAAAUACCCAAAGAUUGGGCAUCCUCUAAGGAGCAAAUUUCGACAAUUGACCCUGCUGCUUACGUUUCUGUCGUUGACGCGGCGAAAUCUUCGUCUCUUGACCCAAGAUCGAGAGCUACUAUUCUUGGGGCAGCCGAGCUUCCUGGAAAGUCUGUAUUUGAUUUUAUCACCCCAGAGAGUCGCGAGAAGUUGGCUAAAGCCACCGGCCGUACCGAUCUGCCGCCUGCUCUUGGAGAAACACCUCCGGAAGGGUUUGAAGUAUCUGAGUCCCAAAAACAAAAAGAGCUCUGGAAUCUUGUGCCGCACCUUGGCAAAGGCAUCGCAAUACAGGCACUGAGCCGUGGCAUAGGAGGUUGGAUGCCCUACGCUGAAGAUGAAUCUAAACGUGCUCGCUAUCGUGCAUUUUUAGAAGUCCAAGCAGGGAUCACAGAUACACUCCCGCCUCGAGCCCCAGGCGCUUCGACAAAGGACUGGGUUACUGAACUUCAUGAAUUUUCUAGGGCAGCAGAAGUCUUCAAACCCAUAUCGGGUCUCAUGGCUUCACGUUUUACAUCAUCCACAUCCAACGUCUUUCAGUCAUCACAGGCUGGUAAUGAUCCAUUACUAAAAACACCAGUUACAACACCUAAAGAUCCUGCUGAAGCUGCGGCUAGACUUGGGAUAUAUGGUCCGAUGACUCGUUCAGUCCUACGGUUUUCGCCCACACGCCUCCUUUACAAACGAUUCAAUAUUCCCACUACCCCUGUUAGGACAGAUGCUGGAAAUGCUACUAGUCCUACCCGUGAUGUACCUCCAAAAUCUGUCGAUAAGCGUAAUGCUGCGCUUCUCUCCAAAAACAGUAUGAUCAAAUUGAUGGCAGAGCCCAAAGCGAACCCAUUGCCAGAGUCCAGAACUACCAAAAUAGAUCCCAAUCAUAACGAGGCCUUGGAGGCUGCUCGCCCAGAGGAUGCUGUGUUCAAAGCAAUCUUUGGUAGUGAUGAUGAGGACGGCGCACUGUGA